UGCAGGAACAGACUCAAUGCCUCACGGGAAGUAGCCCCAGUAACGCUCCCGAACUGCCGGCUCAUUAAAGGGAUCGAAACUGGUUCAGAAGACAUUGACAUACUUCCCAAUGGACUGGCUUUCAUCAGCUCUGGCUUGAAAUAUCCAGGAUUAAAGAGCCUUGCACCAGACAAGCCAGGUGAAAUAUUUUUGAUGGAUUUGAGUGAAGACAAUCCCAGAGCAGUGGAACUGAGAAUCAGCCGAGGGUUUGAUCUAGCAUCAUUUAACCCUCAUGGAAUCAGCACCUAUGUAGACAGAGAUGACACUGUGUACCUCUUUGUUGUGAACCAUCCGCAUCAGAAGAGCACAGUAGAAUUGUUUAAAUUUGUAGAAGAUGACAAUUCUCUUGUGCACCUGAAAACCAUUCGUCAUGACCUUCUGACAAGUGUGAAUGAUAUAGUAGCUAUGGGACCAGACAGCUUCUAUGCUACCAAUGACCACUACUUCUAUGACUUCAUCUUAAUGUUCUUGGAGAUGUUCUUGGGUUUAACUUGGUCAAAUGUUGUUUACUACAGUCCAAAAGAAGUUAAAGAAGUAGCGGCUGGGUUUUAUUCCGCCAAUGGAAUUAACGUUUCGCCUGACAGAAAGUACAUCUAUGUUGCAGAUGUAUUUGAUCAUAGUGUCCAUGUUAUGGAAAAACAUGCCAAUUGGAAUUUAACCCAUGUGAAGACGCUGCAGCUGGACACUCUGGUUGAUAACUUGUCUAUUGACCCUCACACUGGAGACAUCUGGACAGGCUGUCAUCCCAAUGGGAUGAAGCUGUUCUACAAUGAUCCUGAAAAUCUGCCUGCCUCUGAGGUCCUGCGCAUCCGGAACAUCCUCUCGGAGGAGCCGGCGGUGACUCGUGUCUACGCCGACGACGGCUCCGUGCUGCAGGGCAGCUCCGUGGCAGCCGUCUACGAGGGGAAGCUGCUCAUCGGCACCGUCUUCCACAGAGCCCUCUACUGCCAGCUAUAGCUCCCCGUGGGUAAGAUCUGCCCCAGUGGGAAGCCUUUAGUUCCCUGGGAACUCUGUUUCUGCUAGGUUUGCUAACAACAAGACUGUUCCAAUAAAGGCUAACUAGAGUCAUG